UCCUCUCUCUCUCUCUCUCACACACUCUCUCUCUCUUCCAUUUCGACAUUUCAUUAUCUCUUUCUCUUCAUCUGAGCAAAGAUGUACAGAGUGACGACGCUGCUGGCGCUGUUGUGUGCCAUCUGCCACUCAUCAGCCUCUACCGUCAGUUAUGGCCUAUUACCAAAUGGAGACUUCGAGUAUGGUCCCAAACCAUCGGACAUGAAAGGCACAUUAGUGACAAGCAAAACUGCCAUUCCCAAAUGGGAAAUCUCAGGCUACGUUGAGUACAUAAAAUCAGGUCACAAACAAGGUGACAUGCUACUAAUAGUGCCGGCGGGUGCGUAUGCGGUGAGGCUGGGCAACGAAGCUUCAAUCAAGCAAAAGAUUAAGGUGGCAAAGGGCCAAUUCUACUCACUAACGUUCAGCGCAGCAAGGACUUGCGCCCAAGAGGAGCGGCUCAACGUGUCGGUCUCGCCGAACUCGGAGCCCAAUGACUGGGGAAUGCUGCCGAUGCAGACCAUGUAUAGCAGCAAUGGCUGGGAUUCAUACGCAUGGGGUUUCUUAGCAGAGGCUUCUGAAGUAGAAAUCUCUAUCCAUAAUCCAGGUGUUGAGGAGGAUCCAGCUUGUGGUCCACUCAUUGACUCAAUCGCUUUGAAGCUCUUGAGCCCUCCUAAACGUGGAAACGAUAAUUUGUUGAAAAAUGGAAAUUUCGAAGAAGGACCGUACGUGCUACCAAAGACCUCGUCGGGUGUCCUAAUCCCACCCAAGAUUGAAGAUGAUCACAGCCCAUUACCAGGGUGGAUGAUCGAGUCCCUUAAGGCAGUCAAGUACGUUGAUUCUGACCAUUUUGCUGUUCCGGAGGGCAAACGCGCCGUCGAGCUAGUCGCCGGAAAAGAGAGUGCCUUGACUCAAGUUGUCCGAACGAUAAUAGGGAAGACUUAUGUGCUGACGUUCGCCGUCGGAGACGCUAAGAAUGCUUGCGAAGGUAAUUUGGGGUUGGAAGCUUUCGCCGGAAACAGUACAGUUAAGGUUGCUUAUAAAUCAGCCGGCAAAGGAGGGUUUGCACUUGCCAAGCUUAGGUUCAAGGCCAACGGCGAGCGCACACGUAUCAUGUUCAUCAGCACGUUCUACACCAUGACCAGUGACCACAGUGGUUCUCUUUGUGGACCUGUGAUUGAUGAUGUGAGGUUGAUCAGCGAACGCACAACAAAAGUAGUACAUGCUUAAAUUCUAUUAUGAGAUUUAUGUGAGGUUGAUCAUGUUCCUCCAUGAUCCGUACGUUUGAUUGUUUUUUCAAGGAAAAAAAAGAAGAAGAGAAGAGAAAAUUCGUUUGACCCUUUUAGUUUUUUUUCUUUACUACAUAUAGGUUUAAUAUUGUAAUUUAAGAAAUAUGAGAUUGAUUAUGUGUUAGUACUGUUUUUAUUAAAUCAUCUCAUAUUUUUUAUAUUUAUUGUCAA